AUGGCGGCGCUGGCGGGCGGCGUGCUCCUGGGGCUGCGGGCGCCGCUGCGGCCGGUGGUGCCACCCGCGGACCUGGACGCGCGGUGCUGGGUGCGGGCGCUGCGGCGGAGCCCGGUGAAGCUGACAUUUCCAUCCGGAGAGGUGGUCGAGCGGAAGCGCGCUCCCGGGAAGCCGCCCCGCCCGGCGGCGUCGGAAGCCAAGGCCCCCGAGCUGCCGGAGCAGCCGCCGCAGGCGUCCGCGUCCCGGUGGCCCAGCACGUGGGAGGAGACCGGGCUCCGCUACGACAAGGCUUUCGCCGGAGACAGGAGGCUGAGCAGUGUCAUGACCAUCGUGAAAUCCAGGCCGUUUCGGGAAAAGCAAGGCAAGAUCCUGCUGGAAGGUCGCCGGCUGAUCGCGGACGCGCUCAGGGCGGGCGCGGUGCCCCAGGUGUUCUUCUUCAGCCGCCUGGAGUACCUCAGGGAGCUGCCCCUGGAGAAGCUGCGGGGCGUCAGCCUCAUCAAGGUGAAAUUUGAGGACAUCAAGGAUUGGUCCGACCUGGUAACCCCGCAAGGAAUAAUGGGCAUUUUUGCCAAACCUGACCAUAGUAAGAUGAUGUAUCCAGAGAGUCCGCCUUGCCAUUCACUGCCUUUACUGUUGAUUUGUGACAACCUCCGUGAUCCUGGAAACCUGGGCACAGUCCUGCGAUCCGCCGCCGGGGCAGGCUGCAGCAGGGUCUUACUCACCAAAGGCUGCGUGGAUGCCUGGGAGCCCAAAGUGCUGCGGGCUGGUAUGGGCGCUCACUUCCAGGUGCCGAUUGUCAACAACUUGGAAUGGGAAGCUGUGCCAGACCACCUACCCCCCGACACCCGAGUCUAUGUGGCAGACAACUGUGGCCUGUAUGCCCAGGCCCAAGCAUCUAAUAAACCCAGUGCAUGUGACCGACGAUUCCUCAAGUUUCACAAGCCCGAAAAGGAUGAGGAAGAUCUAGAAGCUGGAGCCAGUAGAGACUGGCUCCCUGACCUUGAGGUCCAGAGUUAUGACUUGGACUGGACAGGGGCCCCAGCAGCUGUGGUGAUCGGUGGAGAGACCCAUGGCGUGAGCCUGGAGUCGCUGCAGCUGGCUGAGCGCACUGGAGGCAAGAGGCUGUUGAUCCCUGUUGUGCCCGGUGUGGACAGCCUGAACUCGGCCAUGGCUGCCAGCAUCCUGCUGUUUGAAGGGAAGCGGCAGCUGCGAGCAAGAGCAGACCUUGGGAACAGGAGCAGGAGUUAGCACCAAGAGAGGAUCCUUCUUCCCUGCCCAGUGUGAGGAGACCAGCAGGGCAGGUGACCGGUGUUUCCCAGGCCACAUUCAAGAGGCAUGUCGUAGGCAAGGUGCCAUUCACUGUAUGGUUAUUGGAGGGAGAAAACCAACAUGUCGUGGAGUUUCUGUUUUCCUCAAAAAUAACCAGGGUCAGAAUUCCUGAGGUCUCCUGUGUCUCCACCAGCUUUGAGCAUCUGUCUCUUCUCCCUCUGGUGACAGCACACAGAGCUAACCUGUGCAAGUGUUGAGAAAUUAAGAAGCAUGUUGUGCUCAGAAAGUUCCUGAGGCAUCACCUUGAGCAGGGAGGGAGUCCCUCCACCCACCAGCGGGUGCUUUGUAGUCACGAGCAUUGGGAUGGGUCAGGACCGGGUCACUCCUGAUCCUUGGUCAGUGGUAAAUCCUUGCACCUGACAUGAGGAAUCUGAAGCAUGGUCAGGGUCUCAAGGUCUGUCUGUCCCUUUCCGGGACACUGAGAAAGCCCUUACUAAGAGUCAGGGCCUACUGUUCAAAACCAGCUGCUCUGAGCUGGGAUGUGCCAGGCUCCAAGACAUCUGUUCAGACUGUCACAGAGAGGCCAAUGAUUAUGUGCAGGGCAAUCUCCCUGUCAGCUCUGCUUAUGCAGAAAUGAGGAAGCUGAGUGCAAAACCUUCCACACUGGGGCCAGUGCUAUGGCACAGCAAGCUAACCCUUCACCUCCAUCCCAUAUGGGCACCAGUUCAAGUCUCAGAUGCUCCUCUUCUGAUCCAGCUCCUUACUUAUAACCUGGGAAAGCAGUGAGGGGUGGCCCACGUUCUCAGGACCCCUUGCACAUACAUGGAAGACCCAGAAAGUGCACAUGACUCCCAGCUUCAGACAAGCCCAGCUCUGAGCAUGGCGGCCACU